GGGGGGGCGCCCUCGGAGCCGGGCGGAGGGGAGGGGGGAAAGGAGCGCAGAGUGAGAGUGAGCCGGACGCUCCGGGAGGUGAGGGGGGCGGGGGGAGCAGCGCCGCGGCCGCCGCCGCCUCCGCCUCCGCCGCCUGGGACGAGGGGGUGGGGGACGGACGAGCCCCGAUGCCGGGGGAGACGGAAGAGCCGAGACCCCCGGAGCAGCAGGACCAGGAAGGGGGAGAGGCGGCGGCGGCCAAGGCGACUCCGGAGGAGCCCCCCCCUCAGCCCCCGGCGGCCGCGGCGCCCGCGGGGACGACCAGCAGCCGCGUGCUGAGGGGCGGUCGGGACCGGGGCCGGGCCGCGGCGGCCGCCGCCGCCGCCGCCGUGUCCCGCCGGAGGAAGGCCGAGUACCCCCGCCGGCGGAGGAGCAGCCCCAGCGCCAGGCCGCCCGACGCCCCGGGGCCGCAGGCCCAGGCCGCGACGCCCCCGUCUCCAGCUCAGGGCAAGAAGAGCCCGCGCCUCCAAUGCGUGGAAAAAGUAACAACAGACAAAGAUCCCAAGGAAGAGAAAGAGGAAGAAGAUGAUUCUCCCCUCCCUCAGGAAGUCUCCGUCGCUUCCGCACGGCCCGGCAGAGGCUGGCGCAGCAGCAGCAGAACGUCUGUCUCUCGGCUCCGUGACGCAGAAAACACCCGAAGCUCAAGGUCCAGGACUGGUUCGUUGCAGCUCAUCUGCAAGUCGGAGCCAAACACAGAGCAGCUGGAUUGUGAUGUUGCAGAAGAACAUCAGUCUCCAGGUGGCAUUAGUGAUGAUGAGGAGGAAGAGGAGGAAGAGAUGUUAAUCAGUGAAGAGGAGAUACCAUUCAAAGAUGACCCAAGAGAUGAGACAUACAAACCCCAUUUAGAAAGGGAAACCCCGAAGCCACGGAGAAAAUCGGGGAAGGUGAAAGAAGAGAAAGAGAAGAAAGAGAUUAAAGUGGAAGUUGAGGUAGAAGUGAAAGAAGAAGAGAACGAAAUUAGGGAGGAUGAGGAACCUCCUAGGAAAAGAGGAAGAAGGCGAAAGGAUGACAAAAGUCCACGAUUACCUAAAAGGCGAAAAAAGCCUCCGAUCCAAUAUGUCCGUUGUGAGAUGGAAGGAUGUGGAACUGUCCUUGCUCACCCUCGCUACUUGCAGCACCACAUUAAAUAUCAACAUUUGCUGAAGAAAAAAUAUGUAUGUCCCCAUCCCUCCUGUGGGCGACUCUUCAGACUCCAAAAGCAGCUUUUACGACAUGCCAAACACCAUACAGAUCAAAGGGAUUAUAUCUGUGAAUAUUGUGCUCGAGCUUUCAAGAGCUCCCACAACCUGGCGGUGCACCGCAUGAUCCACACUGGCGAGAAGCCGCUCCAAUGCGAGAUCUGUGGAUUCACUUGUCGACAAAAGGCGUCCCUUAAUUGGCAUAUGAAGAAGCAUGAUGCAGACUCCUUCUACCAGUUCUCUUGCAAUAUCUGUGGCAAAAAAUUUGAGAAGAAGGACAGCGUGGUGGCGCACAAAGCAAAAAGCCACCCUGAGGUGCUGAUCGCUGAAGCUCUGGCUGCCAACGCAGGCGCCCUCAUCACCAGCACAGAUAUCUUGGGCACUAAUCCAGAGUCCCUGACGCAACCUGCAGAUGGUCAGGGCCUUCCUCUUCUUCCGGAGCCCCUGGGAAACUCCACCUCUGGAGAGUGCCUACUGCUGGAGGCUGAAGGAAUGUCGAAGUCAUACUGUAGUGGGACAGAGCGGGUGAGCCUGAUGGCUGAUGGGAAGAUCUUUGUGGGAAGUGGCAGCAGUGGGGGCACUGAAGGGCUGGUCAUGAACUCGGAUAUACUCGGUGCUACCACAGAGGUUCUGAUUGAAGAUUCAGACUCUACUGGACCUUAGUGGAAAGGAAGACUUUGGGCACUGGGACAGCUGAGACUUUGUAUUUAAAAGAUAAAAAAAAGGACAAAAAAAAUUUAAAGCAUUUAAAAAUCUAG